CAGCGCUUUACGGCUUUAUCACGUACAAAAAGAUACAAAAAUCUGGUGGACGUGGUCGUAAGUGGUAAUUUUUGGUCAAUUUUUGGCUUUGCCGUGCUUUGUACGGGGUAUGGCCGUCGGCGGCUGUUUCACUGCUGCAGCACUGUCAAAUCACGGGUAACCGCGGCUCAGCGUCGUUGGAAGAGCGGCUUGCUGCGCAUAUAAAAGCGGUAGGAUAUGUUGAGCCUGUAUCAGUUGGUUCUGUUGGUGCUGGAGCAUUAAGAUGAGGACAUCACAGCGUUGAGGGUUCAUGUUCACCCCUUGACAUCUAGACUGCAAGUGCCGAGGUCUCAGAAAAUUACGGUAUUUACAUGCCGCAAAUCAGAAGUGAUGCAGAAGUGAUUAGACAGUGAUCAAUCGAAUUUAGAACUUGUUUGAGACGUCGUUUAACGGGCUUAGACAGUGGUAUGUACGCGGAAAAAUCCAUUUCUCAGUGAUAAGCCGCUAAACACACGCUAUAUCCCGUGAUACCAACGCGUAACACCCGUCCGAUGACCGUGCUCUGCCCGUGAUAGACCGCCAAACUUUCGCGUCUUACCACGUCUCCCCAAGUUUUAAUAACGGCCGGGACACUGAUUAUCACGUGUUUUUCACGUGUGUUGCACGUCUUUACCACGUGUGCCGGCCGUGGUUGUCCGCGGUCUAAAGUUUUGAGCAGUCCAAAACUUUUUGCCGCGUCCGACGCCGUUCCGAUUUUCCCCUGCGUCCUGUCACGUCUGUAUAUCGACUGUAACACGUCUUAAGUUCGACAUCAACACGAACAACAUCGUCUGCUUCACGGGAGAGCACUUUUUGACGGGUUUUGGCCGUGAUAAAGCCGUAAAGCGCUGUGUGACCGGGCCUUUAAGUAAAGUGUGUGUGUGUGUGUUGAUCGCGCCCUCGAGUUGGACUCUCUCCGUCACUCCCCACUCCCUUGUGAAAGCCCUCCUCUUCACUCGGUAGGCUGAACACUCGCCCUGGAUGUGCGCUCAACACAGCGGCUUGGAGAAGAUGUCCGCCGCGGGUGCUGGAGCUUGCGGACCCGGUGGCGCUCCGGGAUCUGGAGCAUCCAACCCUCGAAAGUUCAGUGAGAAAAUCGCCUUACACACUCAGCGCCAGGCCGAGGAGACUGCUGCCUUCCAGGAGGUCAUGAUGGACAUCACCUCCACCCGGAUUCAGGCUCAGAAGGUGCGACUGGCUAGAACACAGGGCCCUUCCUACGGAGGCUCUCUGCCAAACGUCAAUCAGAUCGGCAGGAACGCGGCCGAUCUCCAGGGCCUGUUCCACUCAAAUUUGGAAUCCAGCCGCUCCACACGGCACCAUGGGCUGGUGGAGAGAGUCCCUAGAGACCGACGCUUUGCCUCCCCCAGCCGACCGUACAGGAGACAUAUGGACAGCUCUCACUGCAGCUCUGCAUACCUGUCUCCACCCCCUGACCCGAGCUGGAGAAGGAACUGGUCCAGUAAUUUCUCCAUGGACAAGAACCCAUUGUUCCGUCUUCCCACCACAGCACUCAACAGAACGAACUCCGACUCUGCUCUGCACACCAGUGUGAUGAACCCUCCCACUGGAGAUCCAUUCAGUACAGGAUACGCCCUAAGUCCACACGGGAGACGCAGCGGUUUGCCUGAGGGUGAAGGGCGGAGAAUGUUUCCAUAUCCAGUCCCUCCAAUAGAGGAGAACGUAUUAGAUGAAGGCAGGCUUUUAAAACCCUGGGACACAAAGAAGUUACCCAUGCUGUCCUCACGACCAAAAUCUUGUGAAGUACCUGGAAUCAAUAUAUUCCCUUCACCAGAUCAGCAGUCCAAUGCCCCUGUUGUCCCGUCUGCUUUGAAUACUGGAGGUUCUCUGCCUGACCUGUCCAGUCUGCACUUCCCCUCACCGCUGCCAACACCACUCGACCCAGAUGAGCCUGGCUACCCGUCUCUCAGCGGGGGCAACAGCACUGGCAACCUAGCCUCCACCCUUACUCAGCUUGGCAUCAAUACCACUAAUGCCUUCAACUCUCCAGGUCUCCUGGCCUCUCUGCAGGGCACACUUAGUAACCCUACUCUCCAGUCUUCUCUUAGCAACCCGAACAUCCAGUCAUCUUUAAGCAGCCACUCUUUCCCCAACUCCCUUAGCUCUGCCUCGCUGCAGUCAUCACUCAGCAAUCCUUCCCUGCAGUCCUCCGUCAGCUCCUCCCCUUCUCUGCAGUCGUCCCUCAGCAACCAGUCCCUUCACUCCUCCCUAAGUAACUCUUCUCUAAGUGGUCAGUCCCUCCCAUCAGUGAAUAGUACAGUGGGGUCAGGCCCCUGUUUAAGUUCCUACCCUACGCUGUUACCUGGCCAGGUGCAGCCACAGUUAAGCUCCUCCCCCCGCAGGCGGGGUCAGCUGUCACCGCUUAACCUGCCCCUGGGCCCGGAUUCCCGCAGGCACCACUCCAAACAGUUCUCGCCCACUAUCUCGACCACGUUGACUUCAAUCACACAGGGUGUCCCACUAGAUACCAGUAACCUUCUGAUGGACCAGAGAUUACCACCAUAUCCUUUCAGUCAGCCUCAGCCAGUCCAAAGCAGUGAUGCACAGAGAGGCUGCUCCUCACCACAGUCAGGCCAGGCACCAAUCCAGCACCAACAAUUACAACAACAUCAGCAGACAGCACCGUCUCCUCAGCACCACCCACAUACACAACACCCACAGGCCAUGCAGCUGCACAUGCAGAACAUGCACAAUCUACAUAAAACGCAGAACUUUCCAUUCGAACACACCCAACGACAACAGGGCUCCCAUCUCCAGCCACAGCCGAACCAAAACCGCAACAGCGCAGCUGACACGCCAGGGCCAGUGAACUCGCAGAGCAUGCAGGAGCCUGAUGGACAGACGCAAACACACAUACAAGCUGCACAGCAAGAACAGAACCAGAACCUUCCUCAACUUCAGCAGAUCAGCCAGUCUCUAGCCAGCGAACUUGGGCUUUACAACGAUUCCUUAUUACUGAAUUCCCUUCUGGAUGAUCCAUACCUGGGCCUACAACUCACUGGCAGGCAAAACCAGAACUUUUCUCAGCAGUUCACCAUUGACUCUCAUGUGGAGGGUUUGACCUUUAACCACAAUGUGGACUCUGGAACCCCCGCUAAAGGCCAGGAUGGCUCCUACCCCAGCAACCAAGGGGUGCUGGACUUGCUGGACUCCUCAGAUCAGCAGUUCCUCAAUGCCAGUCAGAACCAGAACUAUGGAAGUGGGCGCCACCCUGUCCCCAACAUCAUACUGACUGGUGACUCUCCUCCUGGUUUGUCGAAAGAGAUCACCAGUGCUUUGUCCGGCGUGCCAGGCUUUGAGGUGGACUCGUUCUCUUCAGACGACACACUCAGGAUGGAGCCUCUGGCUCUGGAUGGCCUCAACAUGCUCACCGAUGGAGACUUGAUGCUGGCCGACCCUGCCGUGGAGGACUCGUUUCGUUCUGACCGACUCAAAUGAACACGAGAAGAGAGAUUCGAACGACUGGGAGUCAGGAGACGUCCAUACAACGUGCGAAGAAGAAGUAGUAGUGAAGUCUUGAAGGCAUUCCAGUGGGAUUUCUCCUUGAAACCAGCUGAAGAGAUUCCUGAAAGGGACCAACUAUGUUUAUGAUUAAAAAUAAAAAGUGUUAGUCCAGCUGUUUUUGCUGUAAGCCCCAUGCACUUGCUGAGAGUUUUUUUUUUUUUUGAUGCAAA